AUAUAUAGUCCAUCUCCAUUGUGGACAUUUGGACUUUUGUUUCGCUUCUUAUCUUAAAGAACUUCAUCCUCCUCAAGGUGUUUAGAGUAAGCGAGGCAAGUUACUUGUUACGUAGCAACGAUGUCGUUACGUCCACUUGUGGAAGGCGACUGUGGCGCUGUGAAUCCCUUGAUGCAGCUGGGCGGCCAAUUCACCCGCGAUGUGGCCCACAAGAAUGAAGGUAUUCAACAGGCGCAAUUCGAGCGCAGCCUGCGCCCGGACGAGCAGAUGGUCAAUGAUUUUCUCGGCCAAGUUGCCGCACCGCCGCAAUCCUUUCAAAUGGACAAACUGCUGCAGGAGAUGCGUGGCAUUGAAAUCCAUAGUGGAGCAGCAGAGGAGGCAGCGAUGGGUGUCCAGUGGAGUCGGGACUUUGCACAGCAACAACAGCGACAACAGCUGUCAAACCAAAUGUUGCAUAUGCAGCCGCAACAGCAGCACAUGCAACAUGCCCAGGAGUUCUUCGAUGAGCCGCUAAUUACCAGCCAAAAUUUCAUGCCGCCACCAAUGAUGCGACAACCAUAUAUGGCCAUGACAGCGCCACCUCAGCUGCAGCAGCAGCACGAUGCCUUUUUCGAUGAAGGCAUGGAAACAAUCAUAACCGACAAUCUGCCAAAGGUCGAGAAUGCUGGAGAAUCUGUCAACGAUUGGAUUAACGACUAUCAGCGCAACAACGAGCAAAGCGAGCAGACUGCGUCGAAUUUCAAUGAAAAGUUCUGGCAGCGACUGCAGGACGAAUGGCAAAAGCUUUCCGAAGAGAACGAGCAUCCGUGGCUCUCCGAAUACAAUGAGAAUCUGGAUGCGUACAAGGAGUACGAGUUUGCCGAACAGAAUCCCAUGUCCGAACUGGACAAUGCAUUUGAAAAGGGCAAGGAGUACCUAACCAAAGGUGACAUACCCAGUGCGGUGCUCUGCUUUGAGGUAGCCGCCAAAAAGGAGCCUGAACGUGUCGAAGUCUGGCAGCUGCUGGGUAUGUCCCAAGCCGAAAACGAAAUGGAUCCACAGGCCAUUGCGGCACUGAAGCGUGCACUCGAACUGCAGCCAGAUAAUCGGCAGGUGCUGAUGGCAUUAUCCGUUUGCUAUACCAACGAGGGUUUGCAGAGCAACGCAGUGAAAAUGUUAUCCACUUGGCUGGAGGUGAAUCCAAAAUAUAAGCAUCUGUUGACCGCUUAUCCGCAGCUGCAAUCAGAAGCAACCUCGUUGGCCUCCUCGCUAAUUGGCGGCCACAAGCUGCGUGAUCUGCAGCAGGUUUAUUUGGAGGCGGUACGCCUGCAGCCCGCUCAACUCGAUUCCGAUCUGCAAGAGGCACUCGGCGUUCUCUACAAUCUAUCAGGCGAGUUUGACAAGGCAGUCGAUUGCUAUCGCUCGACCGUCCAUGUUGAUCCGCAAAACGCCAAGCUAUGGAAUCGUCUUGGUGCCAGUUUAGCCAAUGGUUCACGUUCCGUUGAGGCCGUUGAGGCAUAUCAGCAGGCACUCCAACUCCAGCCGGGAUUCAUACGCGUCCGGUACAACGUCGGCGUUUGCUGCAUGAAUCUGAAGGCCUACAAGGAGGCCGCUGAGCAUCUGAUCACCGCUCUAACCAUGCAGGCGCACACAAAUGCCGCCCGGGAGCUGCCCAGUGCCCAGGCUGUUGGCCAAAAUCAAAUGUCCGAGUCCAUUUGGAGCACUCUAAAGAUGGUCAUAUCGCUGAUGGGUCGCAGCGACCUGCAGGGUCAUAUAAGCGAACGAAAUUUGGACGCCCUCAACGAGGCCUUCAAGGAUUAGCAUGUGGUCACUGUUUUUAGGUGUUAGCUGUGAAUUUAGGACAAAAACAAGAACGAGUAAUACAUACUUGUGUUUUGCAUUCCCCCACAAUUUGUCACUUUUUCCGUACAUAUUUUUUUGUUAUACACACAUUGUAUUGAAUGUAUUUUUUUGUAUGUGUAAGUCUUUAAACAAUUAAGUGGUUCAAUUACUGUUGAAUUGAACAUGAAUAAAUUGUUCAAAUAUGUUUUC